UGUUCGGCCCUGCUGCGACCGCGGACAGACAAGAAGCGAGUGUCCCGGGUUUGAAGCUAAGCUAAUUCAAAUCUCACCGCAGCGACUUCGUUUUGAUUGUUUAGCAUCCUCAAACGUGCGAACGCGUUUCUGUUUCGGGGAAAAAGCAGAGCUACGUCCGCAGCAUGGCGGAAUACCUCGAUGACCCGACUGUUCUCACCAAAGAGAAGCUGAAGAACGAGCUGACAGCCAACAAUGUGCCACUUCCGAGCGGAGAGCAUAAGAAAGAAGUGUACGUGCAGCUGUAUCUGAAGAACCUGACCGCGCUCAACAACAAGAGUCCGCCUGCAGACGCCUUCUCCAGCGACGAGGAGCUGCUGCCUGCACCCGUGGUGUCCAACAAAAGUCGGUCUGGAAGAAAAGCUACCAAAAAGACAGACAAGCCUCGCACGGAGGAAGUAGAGGUGACAGAUCUCACUGAUGAAGAUCUAAAACAACAGCUGGAAAAACAUGGUGUGGAAACAGGACCCAUUGUUGCCACCACCCGUAAGUUGUAUGAGAAGAAGCUGCAGAAGCUUUUGGACCAGCCUCCAGCUGAACCUGAAGCUCCUACAGACGUCACAGCUCUCCCCAAGGCAGACAGUAACCAGAACGGCAACACCAAUUCUGACCAUUACAGUGACAAGGAAGAUGAGGAGAUUGCCGCCCCUGAACCAGAGCCAGUUCCUGUGGUAGAGAGGCCUGUGAGAAGCAGAGGGAAAACUCCAGUUACCGUCAGAGCCAGCAGCAGACGACAAGCCAAGGUGGUGGAGGAAAUUAUUACUGAAGAAACUCCUAAGAAGGCCAGCGAGAGUGUUGUUGAAGAUAUUCUUGCCAAUGAAAUAAACACACCAACAGGCAUGAGUGCGACCCGCAGGCGUCCGAUCCGAGGGGCAGCUGGUCGACCGUUAAAACCGAGCGAAUACUGGCUGGACGAGUCCCGUUUGCAGCACAGCGUCCACACUGAGACCCGCUCUUACUCUGAGUCUUUCUCCAGAGGGGGCAGCUCCGUCUCCUCCACAGCGCCGGCCCGACGAGGCUUCCUGUCUGUGUUGCUCAAGCUCCUGCUCCUCGUUGUCGUGGGUGGUUCUCUCUUCUACGCCUACCAGAACCUGGAUGCCGACCGCAUCAACACCCUCAAAGGCCUCCUGGACAGCGUCGUCGUCGUCCCCCUUCAGGGCGUUGUGAACAACGCAGCCACCUACCUGGGCAUCGGCAGCAGCGGUGCUCCAGAGGGCGCCGGCAAGUAAGGACCCUCAGCAGUCUCGCUCCACGCCCACGCCACCUCCCUGCCGCCUGCCACAGCACACCACAACUCAAGCAGCAAACUUGGCUCACUUCUUCUUUUUAGCCACAUGGUUGGACAAAGGUUGCAGAUUUAAUUGGAACGCUGAACUUUCUCCUUUCUGAACUUUGGCUUUCCUCCCACCACAAGAGGAAAACGGUAGCUUCUGGAUAACACUGUUUUGUGGCAGUCAGAAGAGACUCAUUUUAAUGUUGAUUUGAAUCUGUGAAUUGUUUGUGUCUUUGUGUGUAAUUAACCCUUGUGUGUAGGAACAGGUGCAGAAUGGAGAGGCCAGUUUGUCCAUGCAUGGUUGUAGUUUUUGAAGGUCAUACUGUAGUUUCUAACUCUGUGCCAGGUGUUUUUUCUGAUGGUGAAGUGCCUGGACACUCUUAGCACGUAGUGCCCUCCUAUUUUCAAGCACAAAGCAGUGCUUCUACUAAUACCAGAAUGUUACGUGUGUUUCCUGUAUGAAUUUCAAAAUUUGCUCUGUAGCUAUAGAGUUAGGUAGAGUGAUUCAUUAUUUCUAUGGUGCUCAGGUCGAUUCAGCUGAAAUGUUUUAAUGUGGUCUGUGCUGGGAGGAGACACAUGGAGUGAUCAGGUCGCAUCACUGCAUGAGGAAAAUCCGCCCACGGUCAGGCUAAGGUAAAAAACAAAACGUUUCAAUGGCUUUCGAUCACGGCUUAAGUCAUUGUAUAUGAGGCUCUAUGACUAGAAUUAUGUGUAUUGUUAUCCAGAUUUUUACUGUUUGAGGAAGAAUAACUUUUACUUUUCGGAUCUCUUAUCAACUUAUCAAUUUACAAACAAAAUUGUAAAAGAAACAGCUUUUUAGUUUUGAUUAUCUUCCAAUUAUUUGACAAUUCCUCCUUAAGGAAACUUAAAUUGCAGUGUUCGAUCAUGGAUUAUUGAUUUGCCAGUCCUGCCAGUGUGCCCGAUUGAGUUUACAUGCUUUGGGUUUUAGUGCUCUGUUGUGCUUUUUUUUUUUUUUUUUUUGUUCUGUUUUAAUUAGAUUUCUGAUCCUUCAGUCCUUUAAGUAGGAUUGGCUGUUACAAUGCACCCACAUAGCCCAGCUAACUGACUGCAUGUGUCCAGACAUGGAGGAUCGGCAAAAAAGACACAUGGAGAAAGUCGAUCCUUUUGGGACAGUUAAUCAAGCUAUUCUCUUCAGAGCUCUUUGGCUACUUCUGCCUGAGCAAAAUUACCAGACAUAAGAGAAGGUAUAUUUCUCUGUAAGGGGUUUGUUUACCUGCUGGGAGAGAGGAAGCAAUCACUGGAGGUGAUGUUGGGGGUGGGAGGAUUUCUGUGGCUUCUUUGUUUCUAUUUUGAUAUUUUUCUAAAAUGGUAUGUUCAACUUUUUAUAGCACAUUUUAAGCUAACAUUUGAAAGCAAUAUGUAAUACAUGAAAGUGAUACUGUAUCUUAAUUUGAACCUUGCUGACUUAACACAAAUGAGUCAUUAACAGGCAGCUCUCCCGCAAUGGACAAAAAACGACGGGUUAUGUGGGGAAGGAUUUGUAAUCUGUUUAUUUAUGAUAAUGUAGACAGCGUAUCAUAAAAUAAACGUGGCUAUU